AUGUUGUUUUAUUUAUUCUUAACAUUUCAAGUCUUAUAUACUGUUUCCUCUGAAAUAUCUUGUUAUUAUUGUCCAUAUGACGAAAAUGGUUUUAAUUAUAUUAUUACAGAUGACAAUAUUCCUACUGAACUUCGCAAUUGUUCAUUAAAAGCUAAUUCAAAACAGUGUAUGAUUCAAAUAUUCUGGCAACGGAAUCCAGAUACUACAAAAAUAACAUUAAUUGCUGAUGAUAAUGAGCCGUCAAUAUUACAAGGCCACAAACUUCAAGUCAAUAUUGGUUAUGAUAAAACAGGAUUGAUGCCAAUAUGGGAAAAAGGUAUUAUAUACGAAUGUCAUACUGAUCAAUGCAAUAGUAUAAGUCAAUUGAAACGUUUAUUAAGUUCAUUAAUGAUAACUGAUAAUCUUUAUCAACUUACGUAUCUUCUCAAUCCAGUUCUACCAUUUCAAGGUGAAUGGUGUUAUCGUGGUUCAAAUGUAACUUUUGAAGAAUGUGAUACUACAAUACCAACAAGUUCAUGUAAACAAUGUAUUUUAUCCGGAAUGAUAAAUCAAACAAGAACAGAAUUAUGUGCAACAUGUUCGACUAAUGAUCCUGAUAAAGAAUUUUCAAUUAUUUCAACAUCAUAUUCAUAUUCAACUCAUUGA